GCAUUGCCUAACGUUGCCCCCUGCGGUUAGUCUUUUGCUCUCCCACUGGCAGCAAUGGACGGCGAACUUCACGUCAACGACGUUUCAAACGAUGAGCUCGGCCUGGAUAUAUCUGACCAGCUCACCAUGCUCUUAAAUAAUCUAUCCGAUUCAGAAACAUCCUCCUCUCAAGCGUCAUCUCCCCCAGACUGGUCUCAGCUUUCCUCCCUCUGGCCGCAGCAGCCCUUAGACUUGAGUUCUGGCCAGAACUCAAAAUUUCCUGAUCUUGGCGGUUCUUUUGACUUCUCUUUCCCCAUGGACCUUGACCUCAAUGCUGCAUUGUCCAUGGCCGUCGACCCAAGUACAUUGCACUAUCACAACGCGUCUCCACAGACUAUGUUUGACAUGAACUCUCUUCAUGUCCAGCCCCAGAAUCUACUUUCCUCUUUUCCUUUCACUUUUUCAUCACCUACUCUCAGUUCUGCCUCAGCUUCUUCCAGCUCGGCUGAUGAGAAAUCACCCCGGAUGAGCAUCUCAUCCGGUUCGUCUGUGUCUCCGGUCAUGGUACCGAUUAGCUCGGGCACAGACCCCUUCUCUGGAGUGAUUAUGCAGGCAAAAUUGCCCAUACCCCGCCUUAUAUCAUCUAUUCCGGCACUGCCUUCCUCCAAACCACCAAAACACAAGCAGGACCCUCAACCUUACCUCUCGUCUUCGGUGUCUUCCUCUCCUUCUCCCGGUCCGACUACUCCUACUUCUGACUCUGGAUCAUCCACACAUAACGUUCAGAUCGCAGGCGCUGCUGUCAUUAGUCGCCCAAAGACUAGUCACACCACCAUCGAGCGCCGUUACCGCACGAAUCUCAACGCACGCAUCCAGAGCCUCAAAGCCGCUGUACCUGCUCUUCGCGUUUUAGACCAAAAUACUACGCAAGAGGGUGAUACCGUAGAUGAACGUGGGUACAUUGACGGUGUCAAAGUCGCAAGAAAAGGAAGUAAGGCCAAUGUACUCGGAAAGGCAGUCGAAUACAUCCGCGUCUUGAAAAGGCGUGAGAUUAGACUGAGACGUGAGCAAGAAGGACUACGUACUCUUAUCCUUGGAAUUCCCGGCGCUGAGCCUUUGCUCGCUGAAUGGGAUCAUGAAUGGGCCAAGAAAUUUGGAGGCCCAGAGCGUGAUGAAAUCGACAACGAUGCUGAAGCCUACGAAGGAAGUGACGACGAAGAAGGCGAUGGCGAAGACGAGGGUGAUGACUCUGAGCGCGCCCGAAAGAAGCCCAAGUUAACAAAGGCACCUGCGGCCAAGAAGGAUAAACAGCCCACCGUUUCUGUUGCGGCUGUUGCACCCACACCCAUCGCCGAGGGUAUCCCCGGAGCAGUACCGGAGAAGCGCAAGCGAGGUCGACCUCGUAAGAUUCAACCUGGCGCUCCACCUCCAAUUGCCCCUGCCGCACCCAUCUUGCUCAGCGAUCCUGUUAGUGCGCCCUUGCAGGGCGAUGUGACUAUGCAGGCACAGCCCCAGCAGUACCUUCUUGCUGUCUUUGCGCUAUUCUCGUUUUUCAACUCUCCCUUCACCUCGACGGGUGCUUCGCAUCCUCAUACGCACCAUGGUUCGGUGCUUUCUCACGUCACCGAUCCUACUCCUGUCGCUGCUGCUACGUCGUGGUCGUGGAGCAGUGCCGUGCAAGCCAUCCACCUGUUCGCAUCUGUUCUGGUCCUCUUCACAAUCAUCGUUCCUUGGAUACCUCUGCCAGGACAUGUUCAACGUGCCAAGAUCAUGCGCCUCAUACCAUUUAGUUAUCUAAUUUACAGUCGAGCAGCACUCACAACUCACGAGGGGGCGGAGCCCCUUUCCCCCCCUCUCUCCCCUGAUGUCAGUGACUUUGAGUCAGACGGGGAUUCGACAGCCACGGAGACAACCACCCGUCAAGAGCAUGGUCCAUUGCCAGAUGCCCUUGCUCAAAGCGGUUCCCACGAUGAACGUGAAGCUCUCAUUGACGCACUCAGAUUGAGUACCGCACUUGGAGCAGUUCGAAACGUUUUCGUCAAGCGUAUGGUGAACGAGGGCUCCGACUCUGAACUUGAACGCAGGGCGUGGGUUCGCCUGGCCGAGCUCAUUGCUCUUCACCCAGCCUCAGCUCCAGCACUUCUGCGUCUUCAGGUGUAUUUGCGUCUCUCGUCCUUGCUAGGCCCAUCUAGCAAAACACAACACCCAAGUGAUCUGGUGACAUUGGCGCUCCUUGCUCAUUCCCUUCCACUAUUCUACGUAAAGAAGCGUUCGCAAAGGCUAUGGAACCGUGCGCGUGUCGGGCUGGUCCGCCCUUACGAGCGGCUAGUGCUGGAGACGCUCUCCCUCGAAGAAGCCGUCCAGACGCUCGCGUCAACGCCUUCCACAACAUCUCUGACACCACUCGGUGCCCUUGCCACAACUCUCCUCCGCCAACGUCUUCGUUCCCACACCUCAGAACUCUUCGUGCAAACCGUCUCCCAUUCGCACGGUGGUGCACCCUCCCAACCUCAUGACGCAGCACAAGAAGCCCAAUGGCACGAGACCAUAAAUGCAGGUCGCAGCCUAGGCGGCACCAUCAGCACAAUCUCCGACUCCUUCGCCAAAGUAUGGGAGAGUGGGGUGUUGAACGUAAAAGACCUAGUCGUGGAUGACGAAGACAUCAAAACUGUUCUCAACACCAUCGUUUUAUUCCGACGGAUCUUCCCAUCUCGGAUUCUGUGCUGCGAUACCGCUAAUAACGAGGUGUCGUUCAUACUGUCCCCCCCGCCUAGUCCGCCUGCUAGGGGGCCGCAGAAGGAGGUGGUGAUGCAGUUGCGUCGGGCACUGGGGUCGAGCGUGUUUGAAGAGCAGAGCGAGGAUCGGGAUGAGUUGGAGGACUCGCGUGAUCGUGCAGUGGACAUGCUUGUAGAGUAUGAGAGACGGGGGAGGAGUCGUUUGAUUUGAUGGUACUUUAUGAGAUAGAGAUUUUACAAUAUAUUAGUAUUUACCCGCCUGUCGUCGGUUGUAUUGAUUGUAUCACAGACUUUUUGAUUAGACUGUCGUUUGGAAGUAACCAACGCGUUGCAUUCGCGGGAAGCCACGGGAUCACAUAUAUAGAAGAUCAAAC